ACAUUAGCAUAAUACUGCUGUAGCCAUCUUGAAUGUUGGUGAUAUCUACGCUGCAAAUCUUAGCUCUUGACCUGUUGUUUUUGCGGUUUCUGAGGCCGUCGCUAACACUCUUCGGUAUUCAAACACGAUAGAGACUCCAUACACAAAAAUGUCUGAAAUGCUGAACUUUGGACCGGAGUGGCUACGGGCCCUCUCUGGCGGGACAGGGAUAACGUCCCCGCCCCCGUCUCCACAGUUCAAGCUGGCGGAGCAUCGGUACGGUCGAGAAGAGAUGUUAGCGCUGUUCCGGAAAACAGACAAGGCUCCCCCGGAGCUGGAAGAAUUCUCUUCCAUCUUGCAGAAGGAAUGUCGAACACCGAUGACGCUAACACCGCUAACAGAAGAUGAACAGCGCUACUUAUCUCAGUGUGUGAACAGUACAGUGGUGAUGAGACUGAGGGGCAGGGGAGGCGGUCCUCCUCUUGCUGCCAGGGGGAGGGGCACUGUCAGAGGAAGAGGUCGAGGUCGCGGUGACUUCCAGCGAGGAGUAACAGGCUUUGAAGACGAUGGGUUGAGUUAUCCUGGCCCUGGCAGGAGAGAGUUCACAAGAACUGUUAGCUGGGAUGAGAGCCCUGGUGAGGGAAGAGUCAUACGGACUGAGACUCCUCGCAGCAACUUUGAGGACCCUGGUCCCCCUUCCCCCAGGAAAGUCAUCGACCGUGAUAGGGGCAGUUCUAGCGAAAACUGGCGCUCCCCUAGGGCACCUGACAAACCAUCGACAUCACCCGGAAAAGAGGAGGAAGAUGAAGGGUGGCGUCUAGGCCAGGGCCAGCCCGUUUCUAAGCAACCGCCGCUUCGGUCAUUGUCUACACACGAUGAGAAUUGGAGGAUGUCAACAGGUCAACCCCGCUCCAACUGGCACACCCCUAGAGAAAGAGGGCAGUCUUUCAAUGAUGGCGACCUCCGUGAACGCGAUCAAUUUGAGCAAGUAAGCGGCGGUUCUCGAGAAGGCGGUACUCGAGAAGGUGGUACUCGAGAACGGCGUUAUAGCGGCCGUGGUGGCGGCGGGCAUGGUCGUGGUGGUGGUUGGAAUGAGGAGUUACCUGAAUGGUCAUUAGAUGACACCUUCAAAAUGAGUGACGGUCCUGGAACAUUCGAUGCAACUGGAGCUUUCUUCUCGGGCAAGGACGACGAGCUUCUAGAACCACUAGAGGGCGACGGAGCACUGGAGGGCGGGGACCAUCGACAUGAAAACAAUGAAACUGAUCAACCAAAUGAUAAAAAGCAAUUCAGAGAAAGAGACUCUGACGAGCGCAAACCUUCUUCCAAACACACAAGUGCCGAUCAUGUUAAUAGUGAGAUGUAUAGUUUAGACUCUCGCGACUUGGCGGAGAAAUUAGAUAAAUUACGCAACUUCAACAGUACUUCUUCCACAACUGCUGCAAAAGAGGACACAUUGCAGACCAGUGUACUAAGCAAUGCCAAAGGUGCAAACUUUGCAGGAACCAAAUCAAAAAGCAAUAUUAGUAAUCAGGUGUUAGCCUCCUCUGGUGGCUCCGAUGGCAAACUAGACAAACUUGCGGGGCAGGGGGUGGAGAUGCUCCCGGGGGUUGUGAUCGGAGGAGCGCCUGGGGAAGGGGGCGACGAGGGUGUGAUGAAGAAAGUGGACUCAAGGAAGAGCAUUGAGGAGAUUGUUGCCAGUAGUGUUGCCUCUGCUGUUGCAACGACCAGCGGGUUGGGUUCGAAAGUGGAGCCUCCAUCACCUACAGCCACAGGAGCAGCUGCACAAGGUGUAGCGGCCGCCGCUGCUGCUGCUGCUGCUGCGGCGGCUGCAGCAGCCAAGGAGGAGGAGGAUGAGGAAGAUCAACUCAAACAUCUUGAGAAAGCUGCUGAAAGCUUGAUGGCUGAGCUUACAGAAGAGGAUGAUGACAAGCUUGGCAACGAGCUGACGAUGGACGGGGGUCUGAAAGUGAAUAUCAACCCACCUCAGCUGCCACCCACUCAUGAGCAUGCACAUAAAUGGUUCUACAAGGACCCUCAGGGACAAGUGCAAGGCCCAUUCACCUCAUCUGAGAUGGCGGAGUGGUUUAGCGCCGGCUACUUCACCAUGACGCUGCAGGUCAAACGAGGCGCUGACGAAGAGUUUGAACCCCUGGGAAUCCUCAUCAAGAGAUGGGGGCGUGUGCCAUUCUUGCCGGCCCAAGAGCCUACACUUAACCAUAGCUCGAAACCUUCAACUCCCACUGGUAACCCUACGAUAGCACCCCCUUCUGCCGUGGCUCCAGGUGGACCUUCCGUCAGCCCGACCCCCAACGCGGCUGCCAUCGCGGCUGCGGCUGCUGCAGCCAACGCGGCCCCCUCGGCCAGCCCAGCCGCCGCCCAGCAGCAACAGUCAGCAACCCAACAACAGCUGGCUCAGCAGCAGCUCGCAACUCAGAUGGCACAACUCUUCAGUCAGCAUCAGAUCAUGCAGCAGCAGCAACAGCAACAGCUCAUGCAACAACAACAGCAACAGCAACAAGUCUUCCAACAACUUUUGAAUCAACAGCAAGCUUUGAUCAGAGUCCAAGCCAGUCGUAUCUACCAGGAGCUGAUCCAGAGAGGCAAGACCCUGACGCUGGCCCAGCAGCAAGUCCUGCGGACCAACCUGGGCACCCUACAGCAGCAGCAUCAGCUAGUCAUGCAGUAUCAGCAACAGAUGCAACGCCAGAGAGGCCUGUCCCUGCCGGCCGGAGUGUCCCUUGAUCAGACCCCCACCAGCCUCUCAGCCACCAGUGUCGCAGGCGUUCUGCCACCGUCCGGAUCGAGUGCUGCAGCUGCAGUUGCGGCGGCAGCAGCUGCAGCAGCCGCUGCCAAGGAUAAAAUCGAAGGACCUGAGAUUGGUGUCUGGAACUCUGUCCCCACGAAAAGAGCAGAUUGGGACAUUGGUGUGUGGGAUCCAGCAAUGGCCAGAGAAGUGAUGGAAGAGGAGCGACGACAGCAGGUGCGCCAGAAGGUGGAGGAGGAGAAGAGGAAGACUGAAGAAAUGCACGAGGAGGUUGAGAAGCAGAGGGCGGAGGAGAGGAGAAUGGACGACCUCCGGAAACGUGGGGUUAACAUGGAGGAUCUGAAGAGAAUGGAGGAUGCCCGAAAGAAAGAAGAAGCAAGGAGAGCGGAAGAAAGAAAGCAGCUAGAAGAACAACAACUAAAGAAGAAUGAACAACAGAAAAGAUUGGAGCAACAGCAUCUUGAAGAGCUGAGGAGGAAGCAGGAUGAGUCGGUACGCAGAGCUCAGGAGGAGGCGGCUAGAUUGGAGGAUGUGACCAGGAAGGCCAGGGAGGAGCAGGAGGAGAGAGCUAGAAGAGAAUCGGAAGAAAGACAAAAGGAACAGGCCGACAGACAUAGACAGGACAUGCUCAGGCAACAAGAGAUACAACGUCAGCAAGAAACCUUGCAGAGGUUGCAGCAGCAGCAACAGGCCCAGCAACAAGCACAACAACAGGCUCAACAACAACAGCAGCAGCAACAACAACAGCAGCAACCCCAACCACCCGCUUUGCCAAGCAGUGCCAUGUGGGCCCAGCGUAAUGCUACAACAUCCAGCAGCGGACCAACUCUACAACAGAUACAGCUAAUGCAAAAACAGCAGGAAGAAAUCGAAAGAAAUGAGAGACAGAAGAAGCUGCAAGCACAGAUGCUGCAGCAGAAGCAACAGCAGCAGAAUGCUCAGAGCAGACAAGCAGGAUGGGGCGCUACCAAUUCCAGUAGCAGUAGCAGCAGCAUGAACCAGUCAACCAAGUCUCUACGUGAGAUUCAAGAAGAGCAAGCAAGGCAACAGAUGGAGAGAGGGAAGGCCAAGCAGACUGAACAGAGCAAGGGAAUGACUUUUUCUUCUGCUGCCGUGUGGGGCAGCGGUGGGGCAAAUACCUCCCUCGCUUGGUCCGGAGACCAUGCUAGUGGUGGUGGUGGUGGUGGUGGUGGUAGUAGCAGCACCAGUAGCGUGUGGGGUGAUCAACCAAGGACUGUAUCAUCAUCCUCAGCCAACAUGGGCUUCUGGGAUGAGUGUGCUAGAGAUAAUGUCAGAGAUACGGUCAGCAAACCCAACAAUUCCAAUUUCCCAUCUUUGCGGAGUGCUGCAACAAAUGUGAACCCCAUUGCGGCACCCCCUGCCAGGAACCCCACCCCUGUCAACAGCAACAAGGCCAGGACAAAGGAAGAGGAGGCUGUGAGGAAGCUGUUUCAAAGCAACCCUCCUUCAUCUGAGUUUGGUCAGUGGUGUGAGAUGGAACUCAAGAGAAUGAGACCACCUGUGGAUGUUCCAACCUUUGUGUCAUUCCUACAAGACAUUGAUUCUCCGUACGAGGUUCACGAAUACGUCAAGAUGUACCUGGGCGACACCCCGGAGAGCUCCAACUUUGCCCGGCAGUUCCUCGAACGAAGGAGCAGGCAGCGAGACCAGCAACGCCAGCAGAAAGAAGUGGAAUCCGCAUGGCUUGGAAACAAAUCGAGCCUGCCCGGCGGACACCACCUGCCGACUGCCUCCUCGGUGCCCCCCUCCUCCGCCAUCCCUCACCAACAGGCCCAGAUGGGAGACUGGGAGAGCGUUGGUAGGAACAACCGCAAGCAGAAGAAGAAGAUGCAACGUGUCGACCCCAGCAUCCUCGGUUUCAGCGUCAACCCCGGUGAGCGCAUUAACAUGGGCGAGAUUCAGUCCGUCGAUGAGUGAUGAACAGGGUGCGUGUGAACACAAAACGAGUCUUAUGGGUUUUUGAUCUGCUCUACAGGUUGGCACUACAGGUUGGCACUGCAGGUCGGGAUACAUAUGUAAACUGGUCUGUCAUGUACAUCAUGCAGAUGGGAAUGUGUUGAUGCUUGAGCUGUUAACAUAUGGACGGGUGAGACAGAGAGUAUCACUGCAUAUGAAUGAAGCGCUAGGAGAAUUGUCAUGGCUGCCAUUUAUCGCCAAAAUCAGAAAGAAGAAACAAAUUACGAGUAAGCUCGAGGAAGAUCCCUUUUUAUGGAUAGACGGAGAGAGUAAUGGAGAGACAGAGAGAUCAUCAGAUGGGAUCUGUUAAGUACGGGUUGGCACAAAACAGAAGAGUAACUAUUUGAUAAAUCAGUAAUUAUGGUUAAUAGAACUAGCACAAGUAUUAGCAAUGCAAUUUUCCUCCUGAUAUAUCCCAAUUCUUUCAUUUUUUAAUGAUAGCUCUUGAGUUAGAAGUCAUCACUUAUCUAGCAUUCUAAGGUUGAUUAACAAAUGACAUCAAGUCUUUCCUUGGAGAACCAUGUGUGUGCAUACCUUGUUUUGUUUUCCGAAGGAGAAUUUAAUGUGGCUCCAUCGGGUUAAGAGUUGUGCUAAUCGCUACAAUUGGUAUACAUGUAGAGCUUGGCAUUACGCUUCCCUGCUUAAAAAUUAGUUAAUGUUCUGGUGGGAUGUUAAUCCAUGAUAUAUGAAGGAUAGAUGUAC